UUAGCCUCUAGUAAGCUCGCUCAGCGCUAAGAUCCCCGACACCCCUUCCCUUUACGAUUCUCCGAAGCUGCCUCCCCAGACUCUCCCAGUAGCCUUAGCAGCAGCAAAAACAAACAACUGCCCGAGCAGAAAUCGGACUGGGUCAAAGAGAAGGAACGGCCACAGGAUUCAGACCACCUUCCACACAGCAGGACGUACGGAUGUAGACAGAGGUGUAGUUACACGCACGCGUCGCGUUACCCCCGUCAACUAUCGCUAACGUAGCGGCACUGUGACCGUUCUUAUUGGUUCCAUCUCUACUUUCAACUAGCUGUUGGCUUUGAUAUUUGAUAAGCCACUACCAAUGCUGCCGUUUCUAAUGACGUUGUAAAGAAGUGAACUGCCAGGCAAACCUGCUGCUGUGGCCAAGGGAUAAAACAGAAACUUAGCUUAUGUGCAGUUCUACACCAGCUAGCAUGCAAGCGUUUUUCAGCAUUGCCGUAUUUUGGCGAAUUCGCUCAGGCUGUUAGUGAAAUUACGUACACGUCAGUCUCGUGCAGUGGUGACAUAGUCUUUUUGCGAUACUUGCUAGUUGGACCUUAUUAAGAGGAGGGGAUCGACAGAAACAAUAGCGACGUCGCUGAAAGUAGGAACAACGGUGAAGAGAUAGCAUUUCAGAUAUCUGUGUCAGCUGUUGAAUUUGGUUCAGCAAUGGCCGUUCUACCAUACAACAGAUUCCACCGCCUGCGAAGGGGUCUCGUUGUGCUUAAUCUCAUCUACAUCCUAUUGGCUACCGGUUUGGUUACCCUCGUCUGGUUGAAUCAUGAAGCGACCGUGGUAUCGUUACGUGCCUAUGGAGGAAUUUUAUGGUCAAGCGGAUUGCUUGUUCUGAUCGCACUAAUUGGACUCAUCGGAACCCUUCAACAUCAUCAGGUAAUUUUGUUCUUCUACAUGGUGAUUCUUUUCGUCGUGUUCGUAGGCCAAUUCAGCGUCUCAUGCUCGCUGCAUAUCAUCGAUAAAUCACAGCAAAAAGAACUUGCACACGAGAGCUGGGAACACGCGUCGCCAGAAUUACGCAAUGAUACGGAGGUCAAGCUCCGAUGCUGCGGCUUCGGCGAGAACUCGACCGAAGCUGAGGCAGGAUGUUUUUCUGAUGCUCUCUGCUGCUCUCGGCCCGGAAACGACUGCAGGUGUCCACCCUGUUGGCCAGUUCUCCAAGAGAGAUUCGAGCGCGGACUUUCUAUGGUAGGCACCAUAGGAGGCCUGUUCUCAUUCUGCCUUCUACUUGGCGUAUGGACGACGUUCUGCUAUCGCAACACCAAGGAUCCAGCUAAACUGAUGUCGCCUAAUGCGUUCCUCUAAGUAACCGACAUUGCAUCAACCGGAUAAAGACUGUGCUCGAUGAAAAUUAGCGGCACCAGCCAACGUCUCGAGAAUAAAAAUGGAAUACCCAUCAAAUCGUUGCUAGCACCAUGUCCUUCAAUGGUCCAUGGAGUCCGACUCUAUGAUUAAUGCCCGAAUCCUCUGCAACGCAUAUGUUCAGCUUAAUAAUCGGCCAUCAUGAAACGACCUGAAGAACGGCGUUUAAUAUGAUUACGUACAUUAUCGUUUGCACGGAGAACUGGGCAAGUUAGAAUUCAGCAAGUUGAUCUAAAAAUGAGAACUUCACUCAAAUAGACAUUUGGAACAGGGACUUCACGGUUAGCUGUGGAGCAGCUCUCGUUCAACAAUUGGCUAAAAUGCAAUUUGGACAACCUUAUAACAGCUUAUAACGGAAAUAGAUAUGAUGUCAUCAUUCGUAUUAAUGGCUAACUACUAUUAAGGAUUAUAUGCCUCAUAACGAUACACUUUUCCAAAUUAACCUCAAUAGGGAACUAAGGCGCAUCAUAUACUUAAAUAAUAUUUAACUGGAACCCAUUUGUAGCGUGUCUCCCUCUAGCGGCCACUUCGUGCUGUAGUACAAAAGCUUCACACGCUUCAGAAAGCGGAAAAAGUGACAUACAGUCUUACAUCAACUGUGAGCAAACAUAGUAUUCAAAGCUACAAAACGAGCUAUACAAAACUAUAACUUGUUACUUUUUUUUGUUACCUGAUUUUUGUUACUUGAUUUGUUUCGGGUAGUCGUUAAUUAAUUUUAAUGAUAUGGAGCAGAGAAUGGAGACGAUUAAUUAUGUACACUUAAUUAUAUUACUACCGACGGAAUGUAAAGGGCUUUGAAAUGACGAGGCAAGCAUAUUCGCCAAAAUGCCGCCAUUGGCCAAAGCGAUCUUGAAUAAACGUAUAAAAUGAGAAUUUUCAGCUAACCAGUUUAUCAUACACUUUUAGUGAUAAUCGUGCUCCGCAAGCGUAAUCUGCUACCCGAUCUAACCGCUCGAUAUUUUCUUUGUGUAGAAACCUCAUUGUGUCCCGUAUUUGUCGGUACUUUAUUAACUUCGAUCACUCAUCGACGACCGUGAAUUUGCAGAAGGGAAAUAGUUUUUCAAAAUGGAUAAUUUUACAUGUUACAGAAACUGGAUUGAGCAGAACUUUUAACUUUACGUAUGCGACCCAUUCUCUGGCUAAUCGUGCGUAACAACUUGCAAAGAGCCUGCAGCCUUGACAAGAGAGGAUCUUGGGUACAGCAAACUUCAAUGAAACGUUUUGUGAUACUUCGCCACGCUUGAAAAGAAACAAGGAACGAAGAAUAUUUGACUCUAUUCAACCGUUGAGCUUCACAAACUUGGCAUAAGGCAGACGUUCAGACCGUCCGCGUCUUAUGCCGUACAAGCAGAGGUGUAACAGAAAUCCCGAUGGAAUAUCACCAGACCCAGACACCUGAAAUAAACGUGCAGGAUUAAUAUUGACCUAUGAAAUGAAUGCUCUCCGCAUCAGUUAAAUCACUGGGCAGUUCUCUUUUUCUGUAGCCCGAUGUAACUUGCUUGGUUCUGCUACACGACAAAUAGAUCUGCAGAUUUUUCGCUCAUGAAAAAGCCGUAACAAGAAGAUAUUCAACGUUACGAUUAUUCCAUAGGUUACUGGCCGAUGUAUUUUAGACAUCGUUUGUUAUAACAACACCAAACGACAGCGCUAAGAGGCCCUGAUUGGAAAGAAGCGAUUUUAUCUAUACUCGAAAGCAUUUCUAUUCGAGCCGUUAGCAGCAUUGUGCACUAACUGACAUAAAUCAGUAGCAGCGAGGCAUAUUCAUGACAACGUAUAAUAACAGACAAUAGUUUAUCGAAGGCAACCAUAUUAGAAAAGUCAACUGAGAGUACAGAGGCCUGCAUCGACCGAUAGGACCUUUUGCUAAGGAUCAAUUUCUAAAUACUGGAACAGAACGGCUGGUAGAUAACGGUCGGCAUAGGUAUCAUAAUGCAAGAACCCCAAAUCGAAUUUGUUUAGUAUGAGUUAGCAAGACCCGUAAUUUUUUGUCAUGUUUAUUAAGAAGUCUCAGGAAAAUCUGCACAAAGCUAGAUUAGCCUUCAAGAUCUAGCCAAAACAUAUGUAGAUUCUAGAGGAAAGGCUUAAGAGCUAUGAUCGUAGGGCGACACGAGAGGGCGAUCCGAUAUUUGCUUGUAUCACUUUUAAUUAUUUGCAGUUUAACGAGAUUCGAAACGGAUAAAAGGCUACUGUGCAUAUAGGAAAUAUACGAAGAGUUAGGCCAGUUAUGGUGAUUUAAUUUUGAUUAUUGGUAAAAAGUGACAGAUUCACGAGCAGACCCAUCCAAUUACCAGGCCAACGAAUUGUUUACAAUUUGUCCACAGCACUGAAGCAGUUUUGGAAAAAUGAUCUAGGUCCACAAAGGCUCCCCCAAGAGGUAAUUGCGUGUUACAUUAUUUUGAAUGAAAGAUGCAAAAUAUUUCGGAUUUAACGUUGUAGUCGAGUUUCUAAAGCUCGGUUGAUAAUGUGUUCUAAAUAUCAAGGCCUGAGUUAGCUAUAGUUCUGGGAAUUUCAAAAAGAAGCUGUAAAGUUUACAGUCGUCGUCAGUCAUUUCACCGUCAAUAAGGUCGUAUCUAUUAAAGUUUCUGUUACACUAUAUAGCUAUGCAGCUCUCUCUGUGUGUUUAUGCUCGGAUUCGAACCUAGGCCACAACGUGCACCUAAGAUUAGCACGCGAUUAAUCAGCUAUGCAGCUCCAUAGAGAGGUGACCAGGAAAAGAUGGCUCUUGUAUUGCGCGAAUUUUUUUUGGUGGCAUUUCCAAAGUGAUUCCUUUCUUUUAUCAUGCCUAUCACAUGAUUUCGCUUACGGAUCGCAGAACUUCUUCUGUUUCUUCAUGAAUGUUCAGUUUCAGUUCUCUGGGCAAUUCCGCUUGAAAAACGUAAAUUUUACUAUACCCCUCCCCUCCCUCCUACACACACACACACGUAAGCCUCGUAGCUGGUCACCUUUGUGUCAUUCGUAUCAUUGAAUAUUGCGAGUAUAUCGGCGUUAAAACGCUUCAGCGAUUACAAAAAUGUAAGAACGCAUUUCCAGGAGAACGAAGCUUGUUUCUAUAAUGACAACACUUCAGUCUUCUCAGUGAGUAUUGCCUAAGUGGCGUCCUCAAUAACUUUAUAAUCUUUGCUGAUUAUUUCGUCUUUCUUUACGUUGCACCGCCUUAGUCUGUGUACCGAACCGAACGUAACAAGAAGACAUGAUGGUUUUAUUUAAACGAAGUGGAAGAAUUUGGGUACACAUUCAGAAAAGAUCAUGCGUUUUCUGAUUGAUUUAACGCCUGAGGCAAGCGCAUUUACUAGGGUUAGUUGCACUCGGGUCCGCUACGGACGAACUAUGAGUCUGCCACUUUAUUUAUUAAUACAUGACUAAUAUUUGAAGCUAUCAAGAACCCGCUGAAAACCCUGCCGGUAUUUGAACUUCAAGAAGCCAAUUAGUGCUUAAUAACCAAGGCGAACAUAACGUACCAAAAAAAAACUAGCAGCUAUAAAGUGAUGGAACGGUAAUGCGACAAUCAAAGGAUACCUUACGUCAUCUGUUUAAUGUUUGGCAAGCUCUGAGUACUUUUUAAACGGAUUUCUCUUAAUUUUCAAUUGAAAUGUUUUAGGGAGCCUUAUGAAACAUGCUUAUCGAAGCAUUUCUUGAGAGAAAUGCAAAAACAUUCUUUCAACCCAAAAACACUACCUUGCUGACACGCCUCAAUAGACCUUGACAAUUUUAGUGGAAAUGCAAAAAAGUGUAUAUUUUGCCAUAAAAAAGGCCACAAACUGUAAUAGCUUUGUCGUUUAGGUGACACUGAGAUGGCAUUUUUUUUUUACGUAGAAGUUUAUGUAAAGGAGGUAUUUCGUGUACCAAUCAAAAGCUUUUGCUGAACAGAAUUGAUAUAAUUUACGUCCAUGAGCCUAGGUCUCAGUCUCAGUUUUGGUGGAAAAUGCCGUUUAACGAGCGAAAGUUUAACUGGAGAAUCUCUGUCAGGGGGUUUAUACAUACGCACACGUCUAAAAUUAAUAUUUUUGGGUGAAAAUUUCCAAACGGGUUUCCCUGUGAAACCAUGAGCUGAAAGAAUGUUUUAAGUGUUUUUUAAGCGAAUUCCUAAUAAAUAUCGAUUCGAAAAUUGAAGAGGCAAAGGUGAAGUUGAUCUUCCCUAACGUAUUUUUAGAGAUAAACGCGUAAGUGUCAAGCAAAUAUAUAUUUAACUAUAUAUUAAUAAUGAAAAUAAAAAUCAAUACCGAAAGCAACAAAGUCAAUACAUCAAAUCAUACAUACAUAUAUAUCGUCAUGAAGAAUAAAAGAAUAAAAACUUCUAUCAAUCUUAAUUUUA